UGAUGUCGCUUGCUAACCUUGCCUCCAGAAUGAAAAUGUAUUUUUGAUAAAACUCCUGGCUCUUUAUCCCCAUCAUCAUGAAGACGUGUCUUCAACAAGUGCCACGUUGACAAAAUGCUAUCUUCAGUCUGAUCUUUGAAACCCAGGGUGCCCUUGAGGUUGUGUGUUCAAUUCUCACGUGUCAGCGUGGUCGUGGGGUAUAUAAGACAUCUCUGGCUCUCAGACAGCACUGGAUUUCACCAUGUACACUCUCACCUUCCUGUGUGCCUUGGGCCUCUUUGCUGUGCUGCAGGUGCCUUGCACCUUGGCAGGAGAUGUGGGAGACACAGUUGCAGAGGACACCAUCAUGACCUCUGCCUCAGACCAGCAGGAGAUUGUGAACAAGCAUAACGACUUGAGGAGGGAUGUCCAACCCACUGCUAGCAACAUGCUGAAAAUGAGCUGGAACAGCGAGGCUGCAGCCAACGCUCAGAGAUGGGCCAACACCUGCUCCAUGAGCCACAGCCCUGCCAGCUCCAGACAGAUCAGCACCAGUGGUUGUGGCGAGAACCUGUACAUGUCCAGCUAUAAGGACACCUGGAGCAACGCCAUCCAGUCCUGGUACGACGAGGUGAAGGACUGGCGCUACGGAGUGGGAUCCACCAAUGGAGAAGUUGUUGGACACUACACACAGGUUGUGUGGUACAGGUCCAACCAGGUUGGCUGUGGCAUGGCAUACUGUCCCAACUCCUCGUACAAAUACUUCUACGUCUGCCAAUACUGUCCCCCUGGAAACUACCAGUACGCUGAACCCUACAAGGCAGGACCCUCCUGUGGAGACUGCCCUCACGCCUGUGACAACAAGCUGUGCACCAACCCUUGUCCCUAUUCUGACUUGUACAGCAACUGUCCCGACCUCAAGCAGCAGUGGGGCUGCAACAACAAGCAAGUGGCCUCUUGGUGCGCCGCCUCCUGCAAAUGCACCACUCAGAUUAUUUAAUCGCCUCUCCAGAUGUGGCCUACUAUAUUUCAAU